AUGGAAUCUUUCAAAGCUAAAACCUUUACUCCUAUUCUUCUUGUUCUUGUUCUUGUUCUUCUUCCAUGUGUUAUCUGUUCAUCAUCUCAACAACACAUCAAAGAAGACAUGCUCAAUGAUCAUCACCAAGUUGUUGAGUCAAUCAGUCCUCGAUUAUCGUUACAGAUAGUUAUUCAUGGGUUUCUCCUGUGGGCUUCCAUGGGUUUCUUGAUUCCUGUUGGAAUCUUAGCCAUCAGAUUGUCAAACAGAGAGGAAAAUGAAAGAAGGCUCAGAAUCAUGUUCAGUAUACAUGCUGUCACUCAGAUACUAUCAGUGAUUCUUGUGACAGCUGGAGCUAUAUUAUCAGUAAAAAAUUUCAGCAACACAUUCGACAACAUGCAUAGGAGAAUCGGUGUAGCUCUUUAUGGCCUUGUAUUAUUGCAAGCUCUCACAGGGCUUCUUCGUCCUGCAAGAGGGGGUAAGGGAAGAAGUUUAUGGUUUUUUUCACAUUGGGCACUUGGAACGACUAUUUCCCUACUUGGAAUCAUGAGCGUAUACACUGGGCUACAUGCGUACCAAAAGAAAACAUCAAGAAAUAUAAAACCCUGGGUUAUGUUUUACACAGCUGAAAUUGUGUGCAUUGGAUUCUUGUAUUUGUUGCAAGAGAAAUGGGAGUAUAUACAGAAGCAAGAAGUGAUUCCAGGGAAUGAAUCAACGAUAGUAGAACUGAGUGAUAAUCGGGAGACUUUGAGUAGUAGUCAAAAUAAGGAUUCAUGUUAA